AUGGUCAAGACUGCAAACACGAAUUCGAAUAUACCGGGAAAGAUGUGCGAGAAUGAGCCAGGCGCCCGAAGAAAAUGUCGACACUGCAAUGUGGACUUCACGAACCGAGCAUGCUUUGAUCAUCAUCUGCGCAAUCGAGUCUGUGGGAAGCGGUUCUUCUGCGCCAAGUGCAACUACUACUACGAUGCGACGAGUGGUGGACAGCAAGCACACAUGUGCGAUCGACGAUUCUGCCACACUUGUAUGGGAAUGCAGCCGAUUAAGCACAAUUGUAUCUUCGCGCCGGCGUUUGACAAACCCGCAGCACGCUACAAGACUCAGCGAUACACGUUCUCGAAUCUCGACGAAAACGGCAUCUGGCACGACGGCAAAGUAGUUGAAGACGUUGUCGAUUUCCUGCUGUUCGAAAAACACGACAAGAAGCAGGAAAAAAAAUCG